GUCAAGGUUGAACGCGCUUGUGUGCUCGGCGAGUCGGCGUAUUGACAGGACGCACUCUAAGCUCUGAGGCAUUCCUGGCUAUCCUGGGCUUAUUCGCAAACGUCCCGUUGACUUAGCUGAAGCUCCAUGCCUUCGCAAUGCGCAAGAAGAUUGGAUUCGCUGCCAUCCUGUGGCUGUGCCUUCUCCUUCCUGUAGUCUGUUCACCUGUACCGACAACAACGUCUUCCACCUCACUCACGCGUUGUCCCAGGAACUGUACGUGCGAAGACAUCGCAGGAGGAGCCGUUGUCGACUGUAAGGGACAGAAUCUUACAGCAUUGCCAACAGGACUGCCUUUAAACACGACCUACUUGAACGUCGCCUACAAUUCCUUGACGAAACUCAAACUGACACAUUUGUACAACUUGACAAAGCUUGAGGGAUUGAGUGUGUCUAAUAAUGACAUCUCUGUUAUAAAGGGAUCCUUAAAAUACUUUAGUAAUCUCAAUCAGGUUGACAUGUCGACGAAUAUGAUACAAACUGUCAAGGAGACAGUUUUUGGCAACUUACUUCAGAAAUUAAGGUUGGCAGAGAUGUCUGAUAACCCUUUAAAUUGUGACUGUCAUCUUAAGUGGCUUCGGGAGGCUGUGAAUAACACAGAGCUCCUGGGAAACAAUGUUUAUUGUGCAAACCCUCCCCAUCUCAGUGGUAAACGGUUUCUUGAUGUUCCUUCAGCGGAUUUUAAGUGUAAUUAUUACGAUGACCUAUUUAUCUAAAAUUCUUUAAAAAAUAAAGUUAAUGCUUUAAACAUUCUAUAAGUUCGUCAACCACACAAAAUGAAUUUUUGGAAUAAAGCGGCUUUAU